CAUCUUUUCUCUUACCACCACAAACUGUUCUAUAACGUCGAUGGCUCUUCAUCCGAAAUUCAUGGGCCAGAGGUUAUCGCCCAAUGCCCAGCAGCCCCAACAUACACUUGAACUUUACCUUGACUAUGUCUGCCCCUUCUCUGCAAAGCUUUUCAACACAUUUUACAAAUCAGUGAGGCCUGUUAUUGCGCAGAAUUACCAAUCAAAUCUCCAGGUCAUAUUUCGCCAGCACAUUCAGCCCUGGCACCCAUCAUCAACUUUGACGCAUGAAGCCGGUGCAGCCGUUCUGAAGAUAGCUCCAAGUAAAUUCUGGGACUUCAGUGCAGCAUUAUUCAGUCAACAGAAAGAGUUUUUCGAUGUCAGCGUUGUUAAUGAGACACGUAAUACGACAUAUGAGAGACUGGCAAGAAUUGGCGCAACAGUUGGCGUGAACGAGGAUGAGAUGCUCAAUGCAUUGAGAAUUAGCGAGGAAGCAAAUAGCGAGGAGCAUCUGAACGUUGGUAACAAGGUGACCAAUGAUAUAAAACUCAUGAUCAAGUCAGCUCGUGUUGUUGGGGUUCAUGUCUCUCCAACUGUAUAUUUCAAUGGCGUUGAAGAACCAAAGAUCAGCAGCAGCUUCACACCCACACAAUGGGAGCAAUGGUUGGCGACGAAUGUGGCUUAG